AUGGCGUUUUCUAAACGUAUCCUGGUGAUUAUACUAGAAAAACUCUUUGUCAUUCUAAUUUUAAUCAAUGUAGAAGCGCAAACAAUCCCCUCCAACAUCAUCAAAUUAGGUUCUUCCUUGUCCUCCAAUUUCACUUGUAACAUUGGUAGUAGAAGUAGUUGUUGGUUCUCACAUUCUGGUCUUUUCGCCUUUGGUUUCUAUCCACAAGCUAAUGGCUCCGCUGUUGGGAUAUGGAUAGUUAAUCAAACCGAUCAAACCACCAUUGUUUGGACUGCGAAUCGUGACGAUCCACCUUUGUCCUCAAUGGCCACUCUGGAGUUAACAGAACAAGGUUUGGAGUUAACAGAUAAUAGUACUAUGACCGAAUCAAAAGUCAUUGCCGGUGCCGAGAACGAGGCAACUUCAGCUGCUUUACUUGACUCGGGGAAUUUUGUGCUUUACCUCAAUCGUUCUAUCAUUUGGGAGAGCUUUCAACUUCCGACUGACACCAUUUUAGGUGGUCAGAACCUCUCCCAAUCCCAAAAAUUGGAAUCUAGCGUUUCCACAACAGAUCAUUCAAGUGGAAAAUUUCGCCUCGUUUUGCAACCGAGUAACACUAUAAACCUUGGUUUGUUCCCUGUAAACUCCUCAGCCGCCUAUUGGGCUCCUGUCCCCAGUGGCCGUAUCUAUUCUCAGUUGUCUCUCGAUUUCGAAGGUUCUCUUUUUCUGACUGGUUCAGAUACAGACGAAGACAUGAUUUUCGUAAAUGGGUCUUCUUCUUCUUCUUCCUCUUCCGCAGAUGGGAGCAGAUGGAAAAAUGGUAGUGUUAUCUAUAGAGCAACGCUAGAUGCCGAUGGGGUUUUUAGAUUGUAUUCUCAUCACAGUCACAACGUAUCACUGAAGAACAAUACUGUCUCAAAUGCUGUGGUUGAAUGGUCAGCACUGGACAACGAAUGCAUGGUAGAUGGUAUCUGUGGUAUGAACAGUUAUUGUGAGAUCCAAAGGGAAAAGGCGGAUUGUUAUUGUUACCCUGGAUACGCUUUCAUAAACCCCAUGACGAGAUCCACCGGCUGCUACCGGAAAUUCACCGCCGACGGCUGCAUAACAGGAAAUGAUAGUAGAGAACCGGCUUCGUCCGUGAUUAGUUCGUACAAUAUUACUCCUUUUGAGAACAUGUCGUGGUACGAUUCUGAUACGUACUCAGAUGUAUUAAAAGAGAAAAAGGCUUGCAGCAACUCUUGCCUGGACGACUGUAACUGUUGGGCAGCGUUGCAUACAGAUUCAAACAAACGUUGCCGAAAAUAUAAGUUUCCACUCAAAAACGGUAAAAGGGGUUCAUUUAUAUCAGCCACGGCUUUCUUGAAGAUGGUACAUUUAGUAAACUCUAGUACGAAAACCCCGGCUGCUACGAAAUCCGACGCAACUGAAGCCAGAAAAAGUACAAUCCUGAUCAUUCUUGGAUCAAGUUUGGGCUCCAUAGCAUUCUUGUGCUCACUCUUGGCUAUUUCGGGCUUCCUUCUUUACAAGCAGAGAGUUCAUCGCUACAACAAGCUCUUAAUGGAAAAUUCCAAAUUGGGGUUUGGUGUAGAUUUUGGUCUGCAUGUGUUUUCUUACAAUGAGCUCGAGGAAGCGACAGAGGGAUUCAAUGACGAGCUUGGAAGAGGCUUGUUUGGAGCAGUCUACAAAGGGAAUUUAUUGUAUAGUGGUCAAAAUAAGGCCAUUGCUGUAAAAAGACUCGAGAAGUUUGUGGAAGAGGGGAUAAGAGAGUUUCGAGCUGAAAUGUCCGCCAUUGGAAUGACUCAUCACAGGAACUUAGUUCAAUUGCUAGGUUUCUGUAUUGAGGAGUCUAAAAUGCUUCUUGUUUAUGAAUUUUUGAGUAAUGGUUCUCUUGCAGAUCUUCUCUGCAAGGACACUACUAAUCGACCUUCGUGGAAAGAUAGAGUGAGAUAUGUUCAAGAAGUGGCUAAAGGGGUGCUCUAUCUGCAUGAAGAAUGCGCGGUCCACAUCAUACACGGCAAUUUGAAAUCUCAAAAUAUUUUGCUAGAUGAAAGUUGGACUGCGAAGAUCUCUGAUUUUGGUUUUGCCAGGCUAUUAUUAAUGCCAAGCCAACAAUUCAGAAUGUCCAAAGCAUUAGUUGAAGAAAGAUCAAGGUACUCUGCCCCAGAAUGGCAGAAGAAUGCUCUAAUAUCAGUUAAAGCUGAUGUUUUCAGCUUUGGUGUAGUGCUUUUGGAGACCAUAUGUUUCAAAAGAAACAAAGAUGUGAAGGUUUCCGGCGAGGGUGAAGAGAUGUUUCUCUAUCGUUGGGUUUAUAAUUGUUAUAAGGCUGGAGAGUUGUUAAAGCUAGUGGAAGGUGAAAGAAAUGUUGAUUCGAGAACACUAGAAAGAUUGGUGAGAGUGGGAUUGUGGUGCACUCAAGAUGAUCCUGAUUUGCGCCCUGCCAUGAAGACUGUCAUCUUGAUGUUAGAAGGCACUGUGGACGUUCCUUCUCCACUAGCUACUUAA